GCCGGGUCCCACCCCGGAUGUGCCGCGUCACGGAGCAGGCCGCAGCGAUUGGCCGGCGCGGCGCGACGCACCGGGAGGGGCGGAAGGUUCUGGAGGGCUGGCGGGAUCUGGAAGCUUCCGCCGGACGGGUAUAUAGAGUCCGGGACGGGGCAGCAGCGGAGCCGGAGGCGGCGACAGCUGGGCGGCGGUGGCCAUGGGCAAGGACUACUACCAGACGCUGGGCCUGGCCCGCGGCGCGUCCGACGACGAGAUCAAGCGAGCCUACCGCCGCCAGGCGCUGCGCUACCACCCGGACAAGAACAAGGAGCCCGGCGCCGAGGAGAAGUUCAAGGAGAUCGCCGAGGCCUACGACGUGCUCAGCGACCCGCGCAAGCGCGAGAUUUUCGACCGCUAUGGAGAGGAAGGCCUGAAGGGUGGUGGCCCCAGUGGCGGGAGCAGUGGCGGUGCUAAUGGCACCUCUUUCAGCUACACAUUCCAUGGAGACCCUCAUGCCAUGUUUGCUGAGUUCUUCGGUGGCAGGAACCCCUUUGAUACCUUUUUCGGGCAGCGCAAUGGGGAAGAAGGCAUGGACAUCGAUGACCCAUUCUCUAGCUUUCCAAUGGGUAUGGGUGGCUUCACCAAUGUGAACUUUGGACGCUCCCGCCCUUCUCAAGAGCCCACCCGGAAGAAGCAAGAUCCCCCAGUCACCCACGACCUUCGGGUCUCCCUCGAAGAGAUCUACAGCGGCUGUACCAAGAAGAUGAAAAUCUCCCACAAGCGGCUCAACCCUGACGGGAAGAGCAUCCGCAACGAAGAUAAGAUCCUGACCAUCGAAGUGAAGAGGGGCUGGAAAGAAGGGACCAAAAUCACUUUCCCCAAGGAAGGGGACCAGACCUCUAACAACAUUCCAGCUGACAUCGUCUUUUGGUUGCAUACUGCGGGAGGGCCCAGGGAGGGCUUUUGCUCUGCCGAAUGUUUUCCACAGAAUAUAUUACAAUCUUUCAAAGUCGCGCACUAGACUACAGUGGUUUUUCGAGCGAUAGGCAGGCGGUGGGAACAGCAGCCCUUCCUGGAAUGGACCCACCCUUUGCAUCCCAGCUCCUGCCCAAGGGUGUGAGGCAGGCCUGCAACUGGACUCUUCCCCUCUGUUGUCCUUAGUUUCUGGCUGUCAUGUGACAGUGGCCCGACAUCUCAGUUGCCAGACCCUGUGCACUAGUCAGUCUCCACUGUGUGAGAGGUUCUUGUUUUUUCUGUAUUUGUCCCAUGACUUGUUCCUCCUCUCCCAGAAGAAUCCUGUCUUGUCUUGACCAUCUCAAAUUGAGACCAAUUCUGUAGGACUGCCAGGCUGGCAUCAAGAGCAAUACUGGGUUGCAGGACCACAGGGCCAGCCUCCUUCCAGGUUCUGGGGCCUGGACAGCCAGGAGAUCCCUUGGACCUCUGGCUUUAUUGAUAUCAGAUGGCUGGCUUACAGUCACAGUACUUGCUGGGCCAGAGGUGGUCCUUGGCCACACCUGGCACUUCUUAGAGGCACAGGUGAUUUUUUUUUUGUGUGUGUGUGUGUAAUGGACUCUGAACUUUCUCAAAAGGAUAUAAUCCUUUUGAAUUUUGCACAGUCCUAGAUAUAAUCCCUUUUGAUAAAAGGGUCUUUGCUUCUGAUGAAAGGAGCACUGUGGAACGUAUGUAAAUAUGUUUUUAUAAUUCCAAUCGAAGCUAGUGUGCACUCAGAUGAAAGCAGUCCCUGUCAACUACUGUCUGUCCAGGGCUGUGAUGGGAUCAGACCUGGGAGUGAAAGUCUCUGUUCUUUGGAGCUAGCCUGGUGCUCUGACCAUCUGACUCAUUGUAAGUUGCCACUACCAACACAAGACCAAAGUGUGUGACUUGUCAUUAUGCAGUGUGACAGCAUUAAAGACUGAUGCUAAACCUCA